UGCUCCGCAGGAGGCGGAAAGGCUGACUGUUCCAGCUGAAUGGGUCUUAGCCCCUAGUAUUUUCUGUCACUCAGACAUGGACUUUUAACGCUAGCCGCGGCUCACACCCCAUACACUGGACCAAGCCAUCUCCAAUUAGAGUUCGUCUAAAACGCUACGAUAGUCUGAAGAGGAAGCCGACAAAAUGAUGCGUUUCAUGCUGCUGUUCAGCCGCCAGGGGAAGCUGCGGCUACAGAAGUGGUACACAGCCACUGCCGAGCGUGACAAAAAGAAGAUGGUCAGAGAGCUCAUGCAAGUAGUGCUGGCCCGCAAGCCUAAAAUGUGCAGUUUCCUGGAGUGGCGGGACCUCAAGAUUGUCUAUAAAAGGUAUGCCAGCCUGUAUUUCUGCUGUGCAGUUGAAGAGCAAGACAAUGAGCUAAUCACCCUGGAAGUCAUACAUCGCUUUGUUGAACUGCUGGAUAAAUACUUUGGCAGCGUGUGUGAGCUGGACAUAAUUUUUAACUUUGAGAAGGCCUACUUCAUCCUAGACGAGUUCCUCAUGGGAGGAGAGAUCCAGGACACGUCUAAGAAGAGUGUCCUCAAAGCCAUUGAACAAGCUGACCUACUGCAGGAGGAAGAUGAGUCGCCCAGGAGUGUAUUGGAGGAGAUGGGGCUGGCGUAGUAAAGCCGCUGCACCACAUUACACAACACCAUUGACAGAGACUAUGGGUACUAAUGUGCAGGGCUGAUGACUGGGGGAGGGAUGGGCCUGAAUCCGGGGUGGAAGAGGCUUGGACAGAGAGAGCUGGACCAGCCCUGGUUCAGCCUCUGUAUCUGUGCCUCUCGGUACUACUGUACAGGGUUAGAUGGGGGAUAGAAAGUUUGUUCAACUGUGUGUGCGUGCGUGCUUGUGUGUGUGAGUGUGAGUGUGUGAUUUAAGUGUGAGAGGCUUCCUGUUGGGUAGAGGUAAGGGUUACAUUUAAACUUUUUAGUGAAUUAAAGGUAAAGACAAGAUAGGUCUAUGAUUAUUGGCAGAACUUUAGAGUUUGCCAUCAGUUUCAUGCCUGUAUAUUUACAGCUCAUUAUACUGGUGUAUUGGGUUGAAUUGGGUGUUUGGGUGUGUUUCAUUGAGUGUGGGGCAGGAGAUACAGAAUUGGGGUGGCUAUGAUAUGAUUUUUAGUGGGUUGAGUACCAGUGGAGUCUACCUUUUGUUAUUUAGUCAGUUAAGAAAACAAAACAACCAUAGAUAGUGAAUGUGGGGUGGGACAAGGUUGGGGAAUUUGGCUAAAAGCAGCCUGCUCUCGGCAGCAGUUUGUGAUAUAGUCACAAACAUUGAAUCUAUUAAUUUGUGUCCACAGAAAUUAAUUGUCCAUUUUUUUCAUGACAGUCAGCACGACUUUAAAAGUAAUGGAAGUAUAUUUUGUACCUAGACCACACAUCAUGAGGUAGUCUAAAGACCCACAAAGUCAAAGUUAGGAGGAAGAUGGGGUGGUGGAGCUGUCAGUCAACAGGACUUUCACGUGGGCAAUCUAAGUUCGGGUCUGAUGCAAGGCCAGUGUUUCUUUUCAUCGAUCGACACUGUGUCUAUUGUCCAGUUUUUGGUGGCUAAACCUUACCUUUCCCUAACCUUAGACAAGUGGUUUUAACGGCUAAACUUAACUUUUUUCCACUUGGAUAUAUGUUUUUAUUCUCUAAGGCUACCAAAAGUUAACCCUUGCGGUAAAAUCAAAUCUGUGUUAAUGGAGUCAAAUUCAAUUCGUCUUCAUAUGCACAAAAAAAUUGACAAUGCGUGUCCAUGGACACAAAUCUGUAGAUUAAAUUUUGUGACUAUUGCACAAACUCCUAUGAGAUGAGGUGGCAAAAAGAGAGCGGGUCUGGACCAACACUAUAUGUGUUGUAGUGCUACUGCAGCUAGAAGUGUUUGUCAUCAACAUCCACACUUAAGUAAAUUAUUGAACUGACAGCCUCAAGUUGAUACUGAAUGUCUUCAUCAAGUUGGGCUAAUCUACAGUUUGAAAUUCACUCAUCUGUCUGUGAUUAAUUCAUCUUGCCUAACACCAGACACUAUUAUAAGAUUAUUGGUCAUGAACCAAAGAGUUUUGAGAUUUGAGUUGUAGACCGCUGAAGUGAUCUAGAGUUUCCGGUUACAUCACCUUGCCAGAAGACUGGCAAAGCGAAUUGGGGCUCGUUUGAAGAACUGCUUCAAACAAGGUCUGAGGCUGACCACCUUGCUCAGUGUUUUUGGAUUUAGCACGGAUGACUUCAUUUGUUGAUGUGGUGUGGAACACAUUUUAAGCUGCAAUGACAAAAAUAAUAAUAAAAAAGCUAGCAUUAGCUAAUUUAGGAUUACAGUAGUUGACAUUCAAGUUAACUUCUCGGGACAUAUUUCCAGUCUUAGUUUGAUAUCAAAUAUAUAUUUAUAAGUAGAUUAAGGAAAUAUGUGGUCUCUCUAAUGCCAUGGUUUAACAUAUUUAAAAUGACUGGCAAACCAGAAAUGCUGUUUGUUUUUGCUAUAGACAAAAAAUAAAUAUGUAAACAAGCAAAUAUAGGAACCUGAUAGGCCCUGGAUUUGCUCACCAUUUUGGCUGCCUAUAGCAUAAAAUUGCCCCAAACUCCCCAGUUGAGUAUGAGCUAGUCCUGUAUGCUAUAAAGUGAACUGAUCUACCAGACAAGCUGAGAAUGUUUAUCGUGUCAACUUUGUUCUGUCUUAUGUAAUUUUAUGAAGAGCAACAGAGCAUCCCAGUUUCUUAUCAUUUCAGAGUCACUCCAGACAAGAGAAAGCAAAUUUCAAUUUAGUACCAGACGGAGCUCUUAUUUGCAUAUUUUACAGUUCUAAUCAUUGAAAAGAAAGGGUUUGAUAUUUAAACGGGUACAACUAGAUUUGAAUUCCUAAACAGUCAGAAGAAAAUUACUUACAAAUGAAAUAUGUCAUAACCCCAUAUAUACAUUUAUUUAAAGUUUUUUCAUUUCUUUCUUUUUUUUUUUGUCCUGAAUGCCUUGUUUCUGGUAAUGGUUAUCUAAAAUAACUUUUUAGCUCGGGCAGGAUGACACAUUAUUGGUGCAACACAGAAAAGCGCAUGUCGGAAGAAAAUAGAACCAAGUUUGAUUUAGAGGCUUAUCCUUCAAGUAAUGCUUCCAUCGUUCAGCCUGAUUAAGCUGUUAUUUAAAGGUUGGUUCCGGCUGGUUGAGACCGAGGCCUCAUGCUGCCAUGACAGUUGUGUUCAAAUCCUUGUCACUGCACUGUAGACUUUUUAGUUCUUCUAGAUCGCCAGGAGUGCUGUUGUCCAUUACACGCACAGGGCCAACAUUAAUCUCCCAACAGUUGGCCCCAAAUGGGAUUAAAGCAGGUCCUCUCAGCACAGUCACACACUGCAGUUUCAUAUCUUUAAAUAACUGUAAGUGAACAAUUAUCACUUCAUUUUAGUUGUAAUAGUCCAUUAGAUACUCGCUAAAGGUUGCUCAGAGCUGUCCUUGAUAACAAAAUUUUGAACAUAAUCACGUCGUCAAGAACUAGAUAAGACCCAGGUGGAAAACAACCAGACUCGUCCUGUAAGUUCAAUUGUGGGCUUUUCUUUUCAUGUAGUUAGAACUUGUAGGAACAAUUUGGAAUGUAGUUUGUGUAACGUCCGGCGCGUAGUCUGGCUGAGUUUCUCUGUUAUAUAUGAAAUGAUUGCUGAGGACAUGCUGGAGAGAGGCGUGUGGACUCGCUGAAACCACAGUUACAGAGUUAGAAUAUGUCCAAAAGGUCAUCCUUAUUAUUCACCGUUUAAGGUCAACUGGAUUUCCACCUGGAAGAGCUACACACAGAGAAGUGAAUCAUCUUUUCUUGUUUUUCUGUAUGUGGCUUGGCUUAUCUCACCCAUGCACAUUUUACUAAUGGCAGAUACAGUUCAGCACGAUCAGGUCCAGUCAGUUUAGGAUGAGAAUUUUCUUUACAUUUAGAAGUGCUUGUUUUUACAAAAUUUUCAGUUUGGAUUGACUAUUCUUAUUAAAUUGCACUUUAUUCUUUAUUAAGGAAUAUGUUUAUUAUUUAAUAUCUGACAAAAGUAAUAUAUGAAAUGAGCAAUCUGGAGUUCUGUUUGUCUGGACACACACAUACCUCUUAUUUCUAGAAGGAGAUUCCUGUUCUGCAUUUUUGUGGACCUCAUCAAUCACAUUCCUCGAUCAAGUCCUUUCUAAUCUGUAAAAGAUGGAGUUGUAGUGGUUGUAACAUGGUGGAUGGUCAUAAGUGCGGGUGUAGGAGGGUUUGGGAGAGUUAUUUUCAGAGUGGUAAAGGUAGGACAGUACUGUUUACACCGCAGAGGCAUGGUUGGAGGUCUUCACUUGACUUGUUGGCUCCUCUGCUUUGUUGCCUUGCUGAAAGCCUUGCCUAGGUGCAGCUGUGGUAAGAUGGCUGUAAGGACCGUCUAAGACUGCUGUCUGUCCGUUUUAUCAGCUUUCCAACAAUGUUCUGUUGAAACCCAGGUAAAAAAAAAAUAUCCUAGAUGAGAUUAUAUCCACUACUGGUACACUUAGUGCUAGUAGUGGUACUAAGUGUACUAAGAGCAUCUUGGUCACAUUAUUCCGAGCAAAUGUGAGACUCUUUCAAGAGGUAAACCACGCAUUGCCUGCUUUAACGUCGCCUUUCAUAAAAGUUACAUUGUUUUGAUGAGAACAGAAAAAAAAUCAAUAAAAUUAUUUCAGUCACCACUGACCCCAACAAUGGAUGCAGCUAUUCUACAAGCAUCAUUUUUAUGGAGCUUUCCAUUGACUGCCGGACAGUCCGACUUCAGCGUUGGGACUUCCCACCUCCAUGCUGAAUAUGUUCCACUGCAACCAACAUAAUGCCUGUGACAUGCCUUGCUGUCCACUGGAAGCAAAUGAGGCACUAAUGAGAGUCAAUGACAAUAGUUAACGUUAGUAAAGCUAGCUACAGCUAGUCAUCUUCACUGCUAGUAUAGGUCCUUUGAGCAAAUUAAAAAAAAUACACUGCUAUAAAUCUAUUCCAAGUUCAGAUUCAGAUUUGCCCUAGAUUCCAACCUCUGACUUAACUGGCGCUCCAGUCGCCAUCUAAAGAAGUCAGAUUUGUCGUACCUCCGAGCUCAGUGGAAAGCUUCUUUACUUCUGUUGUAUUUCAAGCUCAGAACUGGGAAAUUCUGAAUAGCAACUUCUUGUUGCACUUGACAGGCAGAACUAGUGUUCAAGAAAAGGAAUGACAUAUUUAGAGAAACUGGGAAGAACACAAAUCUGACUGGAGUUUCCUGGUCACCCAGUUGUAUAGGAAAUAAAUGGACUCCUGCUGACUUGUUAAUGGUGUUGCUCACAGUGUGGACACAGUUUGUGUUGCUUGUUUGUAAGGACCCAGAAGAUCAGGCUGUUACUGCCACACUGUUCUCCCAGGAUGCUGCUUGGUCAUCAAGAGUGGCCAAUGGCAGCAACAGGCGUGGACAUUGUGGGAAAUUGUCCCCAGUCUGGUCAAAAGUGACCGAUCCUUUGGUUUCCUCUGAAUGGUUUGUAUGAUGUACAAGCUGAACUGUGAAUGUUAAGUAUAUGUUUUGAAGAGUAAGGGCUCUCUGAAAAGUGUGAUUUCUGAUCGUUUCAUGUUAUGUGAUGCUAAAGGUAGGUUAAGAUAUUGUAAAGAAAUAGAACAAAGCAAAAAAAUAAAAAUGCGGGGGAGAGAGAAUAGCAGAAAAUCUGUUCAAGUCUGUGGACCACUUUGACAAACGAGGACAUUUCCGAUCGUCUGCUGAUACACGUACGCAUACACACACUGUAGACGUUUGAUUCUCUUUCAUGUUUCUCCAGUUGCUGAACUACUUCCCAAAGAAAUAUUGUUUCUGUGUGCAACAGUGUGGGAUCUACACACACUUUUGGACUCAAUGCAACAAGGUUACAAAGGUUGUUUGUAUGUUCUCAAAUACAUUAUUGCUUUUCUGUUUUCUGCAAAUUGUCUUGACCUCCCUUACACAUACUUGCUGGAGAGAUCAGAGGAAAGUUAGGAUUUUUUAGUGGACUCAACUGCAGCCAAAGGUAUUUUGCUUCCUAGGGUGUACUUAAGCCUGGAUUCUGUUGCCCUUGUAUUUUUAUUUUUAUAUUUUGUUUGUUUUUUCCAAAGGGACAUUCCCUUAAUAUAGAGAUUUUGUUUUUCCCCUCCAAGGGCACUGGAUUCUGGGUAAGACUUGAUUUAAAAUCCAUGCCUGAUUUCAACACUAUUGAAAUGUCUCUCUUCCGUCCUUCAUUCCUUCCUUCCUUCCUUCCUUCCUUCCUUCCAUGGCAACUUGGCUCAUAUGCAAAUAAUUUAUCAAUUUGAUGUUUCUUAUGUACCUCACAAGUUAAUUUACUCACAAAACAAAUUUUAAUCUCUUAUUCGAAGUUGUUGAACUCCAUCAAGGAAGGGAGGCAGGCAGAGUGCAUGGUAAACAGUGUUGGAGUCGGGCCCCAGCAUGAGGAAGCAAGGCAUGUUGAAUCUGUAUAACAUUCUACAGUUAAAGGUUAUCAAAAGGGACUCAAUCUGUGAAUGUAAUUUUAUAAUGAAAUUAAAUAACAUUUUAAACUAAA